UAUCUCGAUGUCGGUGGAAUCACUUCCGGGUGCAGCAAGCACACGUGAAAACAUGUUGUAGAAACACAGGCAUAGAGUGCCUGAAUGUAACGCGGCGCAUCAGUGACCAUAUAAUCACAUAGUUGGUGAAUAUUGUCGAAACGUCGAAAUUAAUCUAGAGCUUCGAAAGCUCUGAUCUGAGAAGAUGGAGGGAAAAGAGAGGAAGGAGCAGAAGAAACAUCAGCACAAACACAGUGGCCCCAAGGCGCAGAAGAAGAAUAAGAAGAAGCAGAUUGGACAGGAGCCUGAACAAGAUGCCCGCAAGAGGAAUCCCAAGGCCUUCGCCGUCCAGUCGGCUGUGCGCAUGGCCAGGACCUUCCACAGGACUCAGGACAUAAAAACCAGGAAGCAUCACAUUCCCCUGGUGGACCGAGCACCUUUGGAACCUCCGCCCAUUGUUGUGGUUGUAGUAGGACCUCCAAAGGUUGGCAAGAGUACCCUCAUUCGCUGCCUUGUCAAAAACUACACGCGUCAGAAGCUUGGGGACAUCUGUGGGCCGGUCACAAUUGUAUCAGGAAAGAAGAGGCGCCUGACCUUCAUUGAAUGUCCCAAUGACAUCAACUCAAUGAUAGACGUGGCCAAAGUGGCUGACCUGGUGUUGAUGCUCAUUGAUGCCAGCUUUGGCUUUGAGAUGGAGACCUUCGAGUUCCUCAACAUCUGCCAGGUGCACGGCUUCCCCCGCAUCAUGGGCGUGCUGACGCAUCUUGACUCCUUCAAGAACAGCAAGGCCCUUAACAAGACCAAGAAACGCCUCAAACACAGGUUCUGGACUGAGGUCUACCAGGGUGCCAAGCUGUUCUACCUAUCAGGCAUGGUCUAUGGAGAGUACCAGCUUCGGGAAGUAAAGAACCUGGGGCGCUUUAUCUCUGUCAUGAAGUUCCGACCUCUGGUGUGGCAGACCUCUCACCCUUACGUCUUGGCUGACCGAAUGGAGGAUCUGACCAAUCCUGAGGAUGUCAGGCAAGACCCUAAAUGUGACCGGACCGUAUGUCUCUAUGGCUAUCUGCGCGGCACAUUCCUGAAGAACAAGGGGCAAGUCCACAUCCCUGGUGUGGGUGACUUUUCUGUGGGAGACGUGAGCUUCUUGCCGGACCCCUGCCCAUUGCCUGCGACCCUGAAGAAGAGGGCCCUGAACGAGAAGGAGAGGAUGAUCUAUGCCCCCAUGGCUGGUGUGGGCGGCGUGGUGUACGACAAGGAUGCCGUGUACAUUGAUAUGCCAGGCGGCCAUGCCAAGCAGCAACAGGAGGAGAUGCGGCCCACCACAGAGCUUGUGCAGUCCCUCAUCGGCACGCACGCCACCCUGGAUGCCAAGAUGGCCGCCAGCAAAGUGUCCCUGUUCACAGACAGAGAGGCGCUGACGCAGGAGGAGGUGGAAGUGAACGGGGCCAAGCAGGGGCCCACUGAGAGCCAGGUAUGGGACCCGGAGGCAAAGAGACAGAGGAGGAAGGCGAUCUUCGCUGGAGAAGACGAGGAAGAGGAGGAGGAGGAGGAGGAGGAUGACGAUGAGGGUGAAGAUAGUGAGGAUGAUGAUGAAGAGGAGGAGGAUGAAGAUGGGGACGAGGAAGAAGAAGAUGAAGACAGUGAGGAGGAGGAGGAAGAGGAGGAAGGAGAUAAAAACCAGAGUGGGCCACCUCUGGUGAAGAAUUUCGAAGCCGUGGAGAAGGAGGAGGUGAAGGAGGCGGAUGUUCCCCCAGUGAAGAGGCAGAAGGUGGAGGAGGUGAAGAGGAAAGCGGAGAAGGAGGUGGUCGCAGAGGUACCAGCGUUCGCAGACAGCGAUGAUGAGCUGGAGAAGAGCGAGGCAGAGGAAGAGAGCGGAGAAGAGGAGUCUGAAGACGAAGAGGAGGAGGAGCAGGUGAAAGGAAAGGUGCCAGCAGAUUCUGGACACUGCUCUGAAGAGGAGGAUGAAGAGGAAGAAGAUGACGACGAUGAAGAGGAGGAGGAAGGAGAAGGAGAAAGUGGUGAUGAAGAGGAGGAUGAAGACUCUGAAAUGGAGGAAGAAACCUCCAAUGCUGAAGUACCUCAAAAGAAGGCCAAAGGGCCGAAGGUCACCACGCAGCAGCAGGAGGAAGAGGAAGAGGAGGAGGAGGAGCUGAGCUACGACACCGAAGGAGCCCUGCGCUGGAAGCAAGACCUGGCCCAGAAAGCCGCUGAGGCGUUUCUACGGAGACAGCAGGCUACCCCAAACCUGCGCAAGCUUGUAUAUGGCAUAGUGGCGGUGGAGGACGGUGAUCUGGAGGAAGAGGAGGUGGGAGGUCUGUUCAAGGUCAGCCGGCCAGAGAAGGGCAAGAGGCUGCGAGCCGAUGCCAUGGAUUGCUCCCGGUUUGAGCUGGACGCCAGCCACGACUGGGAUCAAGAGGAGAUGUUGGCCUCCAUAAAGGACUGUUUUGUGACUGGCAAAUGGGAAGGGGACAAAGACGCCGCCACCCUUCUGAAGGAAGAUGACGAGCUCUACGGGGACUUUGAAGAUCUGGAGACCGGGGUGGUGCACCAGGGCGAGUCUGGGGCAGCAGGAGACCAGGCCGAGGGAGGCAGCGAUGAAGACGAUGAUGGCAACAAAGAUGAGGACGAGGAGGACAAGCCACAGGUGAAGUUUGACGACCAGGAGAUACAGAAGAACAAACGGCUGGAGAAGAAGCGGCGGAUGAAGGAGCGUUUCAACUCGGCCUACGACGACGGAGACGGAGACGCCACCUACUUUGACGACCUCAAGGACGAGAUGAAGAAACAGGCUGAGCUGAACAGGGCUGAGUUUGAGAACGUGGACGACGACACGCGGGUGCAGUACGAGGGCUUCCGGCCUGGCAUGUACGUCAGGAUGGAGAUCCCCUCCCUGCCCUGCGAGUUUGUCACCAAUUUCGACCCCCACUAUCCCAUCAUCCUCGGCAGCCUGGGGGGCAGCGAAGGCAAUGUGGGCUACGUUCAAAUGCGUCUGAAGAAACACCGCUGGCACGGUAAGAUCCUGAAGACGCGCGACCCGCUCAUCGUGUCCAUGGGCUGGAGGCGUUUCCAGACCAUCCCCCUCUACUACAUCGAGGACCACAACGGCCGCCAGCGCCUGCUCAAGUACACGCCCGAACACAUGCACUGCGGCGCCACCAUCUGGGGGCCCAUCACCCCUCAAGGCACAGGCUUCCUGGCAGUGCAGUCUGUCGCCGGCACAAAGGCGGGAUUUCGCAUCGCGGCCACAGGUGUGGUCUUGGACCUAGACAAGUCAGUGACCAUAGUGAAAAAGCUUAAGCUGAUCGGCUACCCUUACAAGAUCUUCAAGAACACGUCCUUCAUUCAGGGCAUGUUCAACACGGUGCUGGAGGUGGCCAAGUUCGAGGGUGCAUCCAUCCGGACAGUCAGCGGGAUCAAAGGUCAGAUCAAGAAGGCCCUGCGGACGCCGGCUGGGGCUUUCCGCGCUUCCUUUGAGGACCGGCUUCUGAUGAGCGACAUUGUGUUCCUGCGCUCCUGGUACCCUGUGUCAGUUCCCCAGCUCUACAACCCGGUGACGUCCAUGCUCCUGCCCCCGGGCGAGAAGGACAGCUGGGCGGGCAUGAGGACCCUGGGACAGCUCAAGUUUGACACGGGCGUCCGUAACCAACCCAACAAGGACUCCCUCUACAAGCCCGUGGUGAGGCAGCCGCGCCGGUUCAACCGGCUGCAGAUCCCCAAGGACCUCCAGAAGUCCCUGCCCUUCAAGAGCAAGCCCAAGCAGCAGCAGGCCAAGGGCAAGACCCCCCGCGACCUGGUCCGGCCCGCCGUCAUCCGGGAACCCCACGAGCGCCAGGUGGCGCAGUUGCUCCACGCUCUCGGCACCGUCUAUGGGACCAAGCGAAAGGUGGCACGCACAGAGAUGCGUGCCAAGCACAAGGACUUCCUCAAGCAGAAGGAGCAGCAGGAGGAGGAGAAGCAGAAGAGGUUGAAGGAGGAGAAGAAGAAGUUGUACCGCAUCAUGGGCCAGAAGGAGGGGAAGAAGCUCAAGUCGAGUCUGAAAGGCGCGGCCAAGGACGACUGAGCACAAGCAUGCUAACAGUCGUUAGGCCCUCUCCCCCCGGGGGUUGGAGACAGCGUUAGCCCUGGGUCGAAAGACGUUCAGUGUGGCCUCUUUGAGUGCCAGAUACUGUUGACUGUAAUUUUUCUGAUGCCAUCUGCUGCCAGGACUUUUUUAUGUUGAAGCAGGGGAUUGAAACGCAUGCAAGAGGGUUUCAAAUGUUUGUAUCAUCCCUGUUGUCUUCUACUUUUAUCAAAUAUAUAGCAGUGUAAGGUCACCGGCUCUGUUAAGCAAUCCGCAGCAAGGGCAUAUUCAUUUUGAAAUGUGAGACCGGAGUAUGUUUAUGUAUAUUAUGCAGGAACUGCAACCCUGACCACCACAACAUUCAAUCCUGUCUUCAGAGUUAGGUAUUUCUAUUCAGGUAAGAAUGUUCUAGAAGAUGCCCCUGGAAGGUCAGUGGAACCUUCUUCUAGAGGAUCAGUCACCACAGAAAGCUUUUAAAUAUUUGUUUUUUUAAUAAAAGACAAACCGAUAUUAAGAUCCCUAAAA